AUGGUGAAGGCACGUAAAUAUGUUGUUAGUAAAAACUUCCAAGGUUUACCUAAACGUGAUGACUUUGAAAUAGUGGAAUAUGAAACUAAACUACUGCAAAAUGGAGAGAUUCUCGUUAAAGCGGAAUGGGUGAGUGUGGACCCAUAUCAGCGCGCCUACAACAAUCGUUUUUCAGUUCCGUACGAUCAAUUCGGGUUUCAAGUGGGAUUAGUAGAGGAUUCCAAGGAUCCCCGUUUCCCAGUUGGCACUAGGGUUGUCUCACAUAAGGGAUGGUGUGAUUAUACCGUCAUUAACACGACAAACUCAGUCAUCGAUCCUAUUGACACAGUGUACAAGUUACCAGCUUUGAAGAACCUAUCAAAUUCUUUGGGUAUCGGCGCAGUCGGUAUGCCAGGAAUGACAGCUUACUUCGGGCUUCUGGAGGUAUGCUCACCUAAGGCAGGUGAGACAGUGGUGGUGACCGGUGCUGCUGGUGCCGUCGGCUCGCUCGUAGGGCAGAUUGCGAAAAUCAAAGGUUGUAAAGUUAUCGGUUUCGCUGGCUCUGAUGAAAAGGUAAAAUGGCUGGAGGAAAUCGGCUUCGACAAGGGUAUCAACUAUAAGACGGCCGACAUCUCAGCAUCGCUUAAGGCAGCCGCUCCAGAUGGUGUUGAUAUCUACUUCGAUAAUGUCGGUGGAGAGAUCAGCAGUUUAAUCAUAAAUCAAAUGCGGGAUUUCGGGAGAGUUGCAGUGUGCGGCAGUAUCAGUUCAUACAAUGAAGACCCUACUAAGUUACCUAAGGCAAGUAUAUUGCAGCCUUCUUUAGUGUUCCAUCAAUUGAAGAUAGAAGGUUUCAUUGUAUCGCGUUGGUUUGACCGCUGGAAGGAGGUGUUUCCGGAAAUCAUCAAAUGGAUUAAUUCAGGUGAACUAAAACCCCGGGAACACGUUACUGAAGGCUUUGAUAAGAUUUUCGAUGCUUUCGUGGGAAUGUUGAAUGGAGAAAAUGUUGGAAAGGCAGUUGUUAAAAUAUAA